UGGCAGGCAGUACACACUGCAGAUCAGUGCGUAGUUACAGAUGGCAUGCUGCGGUAGUAGAGCAGUGACUUUGUGCUCUAUUUCAGUCAUUUAUUCUAAUUUUCCUAGGAAAGUUACCAGGGUUAGACCUUAUUGUACUCAAAUGUGGCUACAGCUUGAUUGAAUGAAUCAUUUAGCACAGUGUGUCACACCUUACAAGUGAUGCUGUGUACAUUUAUAAGCAUAUAUUAUCUUCAUGCUGUAUGCUUUGUAAGUGGUUAAAGGAGUUUUUAGACCAAAAACAAUUCUCCUUGCUAACUAGCAAUUGUAUGAAAUAGUAAGGAAUACAAUUAAGGAGAAAAUGUUUUCUGUGACAGUGUUUUGUUUUUCUUUUUUUUUUUUUUUAUAAAACCUGUUGUGAUUUUCUUCAAAAAUCACCUGAUCUUCCCCACUCAGAGCAAAAUAUGUCAAGUUCUCCCAGACAAUUUUCCAUUUAAUUUUCAUCUCCUCAAAACAGGCAUGCAUAAAUACUCCUGUUAUUUUAAUCGGAGGCUGUGUGCUUCCGUACGAUUGGCUGAUAGCUGAUGAGUCAUUUCAACAGGCUGGUGUGGGGCUGGCAAGAAGAGGAUGGGUGGAUGGGUGGGCGGGUUAGGUGGUGGUGAAAAGGGGAUGCAGGAGGCGGCAGUAAAGCUUUCUCCCACAGCCUGUACGCUUGAGUGCAUUGUUGUUGUCGGAGAAUGCUGUUUCUCACGCACAAACACACAACAUAAAUACUUGCAAAGGGAGUCAACUUAAUCUUAUAUACACUUUCUCACCGUUUUUCUGUUCAUCUCCCCAGCCAUGGUUGCCUGUAGCCAGACUUGAGGAAAGACACGGAGCCUGGAGGAGAGAGAGAGAGAGAGAAAGAGAUUGAGACUUGUGCUGAUCACAGAGUCUGCAGCCCCCAGCCUUCCCUCUGUUGCUGCUACAGUACGUGUGAAAGGCAGAGAGGGAGAGGCAGCAGAAGCAGAGCUGGUGUUUUGUCUCUGAGACUCAGAGGGAAGAGGAGGACGCUGUGAGCUGUGCAGUGCAGAGCAGAGCCAGUCAGUCCUCUGGUAUGUGUCCAGUGUGAGUGACUCAGUCCAGUCCCUGCGCAUCCUCUGCCGCUGUCUGAGCAGCCUCGCACACCAGGACUCUGACACCAGCCACACAAACAGGAAUACCUGUGUCCACUGAAGCGUUUUGUGUAGAGGAGCAUGUUGUGACAGCCAUGUCUCUGGAGAUGGAGAAGACCAUCACCAAGCUGAUGUACGACUUCCAGAGAAACUCCACCUCUGAUGAUGACUCUGGAUGUGCACUGGAGGAAUACGUCUGGGUUCCCCCCGGCCUCAGUCCUGAGCAGGUGCAUCAGUAUUAUAACUCCUUACCAGAAGAGAAGGUCCCCUAUAUAAACAGCCCUGGAGAGAAAUAUCGCAUCAAACAACUGCUUAACCAGUUGCCUCCACAUGACAAUGAGGUGCGUUAUUGUAACGCAUUGGAUGAGGAGGAGAAACGAGAGCUUAAGCUCUUCAGCAACCAACGGAAGAAGGAUAACUUGGGCAGAGGGAAUGUCCGUCCGUUCCCCCUCACCAUCAAUGGUGCCAUCUGUGACAAGUGUGGUGGUCAAAUAAACGGAGGGGACAUUGUAGUUUUUGCUGCAAGGGCGGGUCAUGGAAAAUGCUGGCACCCUCAUUGCUUUGUCUGCAGCAUGUGUGAGGAACUGUUGGUGGAUCUCAUCUACUUCUACCAGGAUGGCAAGAUCUUCUGUGGCCGGCACCAUGCCGAGAGGCUGAAACCCCGCUGCUGUGCCUGUGAUGAGAUAAUCUUUGCUGAUGAAUGCACUGAGGCAGAGGGCAGGCACUGGCACAUGAAGCACUUCUGUUGCUACGAGUGUGAGACCACCCUCGGCGGCCAGCGCUACAUCAUGAAGGAUGGACGGCCACACUGCUGCAACUGCUUCGAGUCCCUUUAUGCAGAAUACUGUGAUGCAUGUGGAGAACACAUAGGCAUUGACCAGGGCCAGAUGACGUAUGAUGGGCAGCACUGGCACGCAACUGAGGAAUGUUUUUGCUGUGCCCGUUGCAAGCGCUCUCUGCUGGGCCGCCCCUUCCUGCCGAAACAGGGGCAGAUCUUCUGCUCACGGUCCUGCAGCGCUGGACAGGAUCCAGAUGAGUCUGACUCCUCAGACUCGGCCUUCCAAAGCGCCCGUUCCCGUGAAUCCCGCCACAGCACCAAGAUUGGGAAAAAGGAGCGCAGGAAUGCUGAGCAGGAGCGGCGGAGUGCCGAGGCCCGCCAGUCAGCUCCUCCACCCAUGCCUGACCGUCUGUCUGCUGAAAGUGAUCCCCUUUCUGUUCAGAUGGACCGUUUAAGCCUCUCAUCUAGUCAGACCCCCAGCAGGACACCUAACCGCACACCCAGCCGCACUCCGAGCCGUGCCCCGAGCCUUAACCAGGUGUGGAUGAGCCGGGAUGACCCCUACGUCCCUGCUGCCUAUGAGGGCCCUCAGCGGGAACCCUCCCCCACACCAGCACCUAUACAUCUGCUGGGUCAGUGUAACCUCAGGCAGGGCUACAAUCCCAAUGCAAACGCUCAUCCCCCAGCUCAGAGUCCUGCCAACCCAGUGAAGAGGCCUGAUUCCUGGGGGAAGGAACAAGGCAACGCCAAGAGGAUCCCUAUGGCUGCUCUGAGGGGCCACUCCUUUAAUGAAAACUGGACCCACCACAGCCAGGAUGAGUUCAGGCCCAACAAGCUACGCACCCAGAUGAGCUUCAAUGAAAUGUCUAGCCAGAACCAGGGCUUUUCUGACAAGAGGAGCAUCAGCCUGCAUGGAUUCCAGAGAGACGGCAGACCCCCGCUGACCAGGAGGAACCCCAUCAAUGCCAUGAGCUUCAAUGAGCCCCUCACUCCUCUAGAACAGACUCCUCAUGGAUCCAUGGACUCCCUCACUAUGUCCAAUGCUACAGGUAACUCUCUGGACGGGGUCAGUAAGCGUCAGGAGCAUUUGUCUAGGUUCUCCAUGCCCGACCUGAGUAAAGACUCAGGUGUGAAUGUGUCUGAAAAGAGCAACAUGGGCACCCUCAGCUCCUCAGUCCAGUUCCACAGCACAGAGUCACUGUCCUCCUCUCGCCCUUACAACAAUAACAUGUACGCUCCACUGAGAGUUGGCUACCCACUGCAGUACUGGGAUGGCCCACAGCCGCUGGGCUUCGACGGCAAAGGUCGUGUCGGGGUGAUGGGCAGCAGUGGAAACCUGCGGAUGGCUCCCAUGAGCGACAGAAUGCCCCGCCGACGCAUCAACGGGCAGGAACCUGUGUCACAGCAACAGCAGCCACAGCAAAGACGCCGCAAACACCACCGUGGAAACCACGGUAAUGGGCAGCACCGCAGUGGCCGCCACCACAAACGCUCUCGCCGCUCCCGCUCUGACAAUGCCCUGCACCUGGUGGCGGACCGGCCCGCUCAAAUGGUAGAGCUGCCCUACCGUCGCGUCCAGGAGGAUUAUGAUCGCUUCCCCUCCGGUAAUGCUGCUCGGGAGUUGUUUGGUCUGGAGCCAGGCGGGUGUAGACAGCAGCCCCACCGGCCUUGCCCCCGCACCACUUCCGAUCUCACCUUGCAGAAUGCUGGCUGGCAACAUGCGGGGCUGGGUGGUCCAUGCUGGGGCGAUGGGUACAUGGAGGCUGCUGACCCCUGGUGCUCCAGCUGCUCCUCUUCCUCCGAGUCUGAGGGGGAUGAGGGUUAUUUCCUGGGUGAACCAAUCCCUCGGCCCGUGCAGCUGUGCUACAUCAACAAUGAGGAGCUGCGCCAUCGCUACAGCCCCUCUGGGAUAGGUGGCCAUCACGGACCUCUGCACGGACCGAUUCAUGGCCAGCUGCACACCCGCCAGAGGAGGAAGAGCAAAAACUGCAUAAUUUCCUAGAUAUAGAGCAAGGAGAUGGUGAGGGAUGAGCAGGAGAGUGAAAGAGAUAUGAGAGAGAGAGAGAGGUAAGGAGACAGUAAAGCAAAAGAGAGGUGGAACAGAGGGAGUGGGAAGGUGAGAGUGAGACAGUUGACAGUGAGAGUGAAUAGAGUGUUGGAUGAGUUUAUGUAUGUGUGUGUGAGUGUGUGUUGAGGUUGAAGAGAGAAAAGGCCUAUUUUUUGUGCUUGUGAGCUUACACAACUCUACACCGGGUAGUGUUUGUGUGCACCUACACAGAAUGAUCUAAUCAUAAGAGGAAGCUCAGCUGGCUUACACAACAGAAAUGUUUACAGUGAUAGAGAUCAACUCCUCUGAUGGUACCAGGAAGCACUGAUGAAUUUGACCUCUAAAUAUACUGUGGUCGAGGUAAAUAAUAUGAUGUAAGUGCGUGUCUCUGUGUGUAUCCAUGUUACAGAGAGAUUGAACAAUUCCUUUACAGUUUGAAAUGGGAAGUAAAACUGGUCAAACUGCAGUGAUCUGACUGUUCAUGUUGCAGCUCAGUGAUCCAAGCCCUGGGCAGUAAAACUUAUUCUAUGUGGACAAACCAGAAAUUGUGUUGGGAUAGUGAAAGUUACGUGCUAGAUUCCAAGCUAUUGCAUUGUUUACCUCAGUGGAAUCCAAAUGCUGCUGGAAUAUAGUGUUGGCUUGCUAGCCCUGUUAUCACCUUGUACAAAUAGUCUGUUGAACUUUGUGCUCUACAUAGACAGCUCUCCAUGCUUUACCAAGGACAGAGUGCUGGACAGCCUCUGCUCCUUGACCAUUCAGGCACAGUAACGUCAGGUAUGGUCCCGUUUUCUCUUCUGCAACAUGCUUUGUUUUUUGAGAGCUACCUAUAGAUGAUUAAGAAUAAUAAUGAUAAUUAUAAUGCUGACAAUAAUAAUAAUAAUGCAAAUAAUAAUUAUGAUCAUAUUAAAGAAUAAUACCUGUUAAAUGUAUAUAUAGUAAUAAACUUAAUAAAGUAAUGGAUGUAGUAAUGUAAAUGUUAUGUACAUAUGGUCUUAAAUAUUUAUAUAUUUUGUAACUAAAGAAUAAUUAUUUGUAUAACAUGAUGUAGAGAUAGGGAGACUUGCAUGUUAAUUUGUUGUUGUUGUCUCAUACUGAAAAUAAAGUGUACUUCAAUGAACAACCAGCAA